AUGCUCACCAGUGGUCGGCGCGGCAGGCGCAAGCCGGUGGCGACAGCGUGGCCGCUACAACUGCAGGGCGGGGCCGGGCCGCAGCAGAGAGCUCCGCAGCAGCUGCUGCAGGGCGGGGCCGGGCCGCGACGGCAGCUGCUCCAGGGGCAAGGGGCGGCUGCUGCAUGGCCAGGGGCGGCUGCUGCAGGGGCUGCUGCUCCAGGAGCCAGGGGCGGCUGCUGCAGGGGCGGCUGCUCCAGAGGCCAGGCGCGGAUUAGGUCAGGGCGACGCGGCGAGCAGGGGCGACGCCGCGGGCAGGUGACGACGCGGCGGGCAGGUGGCGACGCGGCGGGCAGGGCGACGCGGCGGGCAGGUGGCGACGCCGCGGGCAGGGCGACGCGGCGAGCAGGUGACGACGCCGCGAGCAGGGCGACGCGGCGGGCAGGUGGCGACGCCGCGGGCAGGGCUACGCGGCGAGCAGGUGACGACGCCGCGGGCAGGGCGACGCGGCGGGCGGGUGGCGACGCCGCGGACAGGUGGCGACGUCGCGGGUAG